ACCCCGGACAGAGCCUCAGUGUUAUUAAGCGUAAACUUCGUUUAAAGCGUUAAUGCGGCAUUUGUGCGGGCCCGCCUUUCUUUCGAAAAGUUAAAACCAAGAAAUGUGCAGCCGUGGCAUGCUGCGGAUAUAGUAGGGUCGAAACACGGGAUUCAGAACAUCCGUACUGCCGAUAUGAAGACAGACUAGUACCAGUGUUGAUCAUGAUAUAUCAGAAGCUCAAGUUUUGCUCGUCGCCAUCAUCAAGAGUCUGGGGGGGCGGGGGGUUCGUUAUAUCAUAUGAACCAAACAACGUCACAUUAUCGCUACUAGUUACUAUUCAUCAACGUCUCGCAAACGACAUGCAGACAGUCAACUGGAACCCAAAUCUAUCUGCGGUUUCGGACAUCAUUUCUGCAAUACAGAACAUGCUACAUUCACAAACAACUAUGUUGGACCUCGACACCCCGUACUCCCGAGCCGCACUAUUUAAUCCUAAUCAAUGUGCAAUUGAGCUCGAAGACCAGAGCAUCAACGAACGCAACCAUCAAUUAGAUACGGUUUUGCACGAGAUCUCAGACCUGGAAACGAUUAUGAAUGGUAUCCAAAACCUUCACCAACAACUCGUCGAAAAGAAGAACAAGAUAAUUGAGUCCAUCAAUUCGCACAAGAGACUUAAAUUGGCUCUGUGGCGCUUGCCAACUGAAAUCCUAUCCUACAUUUUCGUUUACUGUCUCCCGGAAGACAGAUACUUGUCGCCUGCAUCAAGACGGGCACCCAUACUGUUGACCAGAAUAUGCCGACGAUGGAGAGAAGUUGCUGUGGGCGUGCCCAGUUUAUGGUGCAGGCUGCGUGUGGCAGUCGAGCAUAAUGACUGGCAAAAACGAGCCUUUUGCUAUGACACGUGGCUCAAGCGAACCCUAGGCCAUCCGCUCUCGCUGGCACUCUGCUGCUGGACCCCACUAGUACGAAGCCUUCUCCAGCCUUACAUCCAUCAAAUAUAUUCUCUCGAUAUCGAUUUUCAACGACUCAGGCGACCUGAAUGCGUAUUCAAAGAUUUCUCAGCACUUCAGGAGCUCACCAUUCUAAAUCAUAUUACAUUCAAGCUACUAUCUUCCUUCGCUCCCUUAUGGGCCCACUUAACAAAAGUCGAGAUCUCGAUAGAUAAACAAGAUGCAUUCCUCCAUCUGCUCCGUCUAUGUCCCAACCUCUCCUCAUUAACGAGUCACGUGGAUUUCUUGCAAAAGAAGUCCUUGAAGCCAUUCACGCACCCUAAGCUUGAAUCUCUGCGUCUUUAUGGCGAGCCUUGGACAUCCGGAGAACCAUUACGGGGCAUGUUCGAUGCUCUCUCACUUCCAAAUUUACGCGCGCUUCAUGUUUGGAAUACAUCAAUCUGGCCUCAUGAAGAGUUCAAGACGUUUCUGACAAGGUCAGCGUGUCCCCUGGAGAGCCUGGUUUUCCGAGGUAUAGUGAUUACUGUGGAGCAACGAGUGGAAUACGUCGCCCUUGUUCCUUUCCUCAAAGUAGUAGUUCGGAAUCCCCAUCGUAAGUAUUCCAGUUAUAUAUGACAAGCGAUUCACGGCUCUUUAUGACGAGUACCGUGAAUCGAUACGUAGAUUGUCGGACACACAUGCAAUAGCAGAAAAUCAUGCAAUACACGCAUCAGUUUCAGCGAGCGCAGAAUUUAGACAUAGGAAUAUUUGGU